UCAGAGUUUGAGCUGAAAUCUGCAGGACAGCGUUUGAGGAACCCCACUUUAGAGAUUCACUUACAGAUGUCGGAAGAAAUGGGUGAGGAAAGACUUACAGCAGAACAAACAGAAACCUGUCAGAAAACAGCGUCCAAACCAUCAGAUUACUGUGGUAAACUGCUCCGCUACAAACCACAUGGCUUUUCUGCCUCCGUCAUUACUAAAGCUCUGUUGGGGCUGCUGGUGUUCGGGGUGGUCUGGGCUGUGACGGGACCCGCGUGUCUGCCGGGUCAGAACCUCUUUGGCCUGGUGAUUCUGUUCCUGUCGGCCGUGUGUGGAGGAAAACUCAUCAGCGUCGUCAGAUUACCCAGAACCCCUCCAGUACCAGCUCUACUGGGGAUGCUGCUGGCCGGUGUGGUGUUGCGUAACGUGCCGUACGUCACAGACGCUGUGUAUAUUGAUCAGAACUGGUCUGCGGCUCUGAGGAACGUGUCUCUUGCCGUGAUUCUCACCAGAGCCGGUCUGGGACUCAACGCUGCUGCCCUGCGGCGUCUGAAGGCGGUGUGUGUGAGGGUUGCUGUCGGCCCGUGUCUUACCGAGGCGUGCACGGUGGCUGUAGUGGCUCAUUUUCUGCUGGAAUUGCCCUGGAUAUGGAGCUUCAUGCUCGGUUUCGUUCUGGCCGCCGUCUCUCCGGCUGUGGUGGUUCCGUCCAUGUUGCUCCUGCAGUCGGAAGGAUUCGGUGUUCAGAAAGGAGUUCCCACACUCCUGAUGGCUGCUGGGAGCUUCGACGACAUCCUCGCCAUCACGGGAUUCACCACGAGCCUGGGCAUCGCCUUCGGAACCGGAUCCACAUGGAUGAAUGUGGUUAAAGGAGUUCUGGAGGUGCUGGCAGGAGUUCUGGCAGGAGGAGUCAUGGGACUUCUGCUCCAUUUCUUACCCAGCGAGGAUCAGUCAGAUGUGGUGCUGCGGCGCUGCGGUCUGCUGCUGGGUCUGUCUGUGUUCAGUGUUUUCGGGAGUCUGGCCACGGGUCUGGGCGGCGCCGGCGGUCUCUGCACACUCGUCCUGGCCUUCAUCGCUGGACUCAGCUGGGCAGAACAAAAGGUGAAAGAGAUUAGUUUAGACUCUCCUAAAUAUGACACUUCCGACUUCCUGUUUGGUCUGAUUGGAGCAGAAAUCAACAUCUCGUCUCUCAGUGCUUAUACUGUCGGUUUGGGUGUCUCCACUCUGUGUGUGGGUUUGCUGGUCCGUGUUUUGGUGACAUUCUGCAUGGUUCUGUUUGCUGGUUUUAAUAUGAAGGAGAAGAUCUUUAUAUCACUGGCCUGGAUGCCCAAAGCCACAGUACAAGCGGCUAUCGGCUCCACGGCGUUGGACAUGGCCCGCAGUGCUGGAGACGAGCAGCUACAGAUUUAUGGGUUGGAUGUUCUGACUGUGGCAGUUCUUGCGAUUCUCAUCACGGCUCCGAUCGGAGCGCUUGCCAUCGGACUCACCGGACCCAAACUACUGCAGCAGGACACACACACACUGGAUGAUGGCGAGCGUGAGAGCACUCAUGUCGACGGUCUGGAGUCCAAACUCUGAAUCUCAACAUGCUUUCAUGAGUUGGUGUCGUUCACACUAAACCUUGAUCCGUGCUUGUCUGAGCUUUAUUAAUACUGUUCUGCCUGUAUGUGACAGCAACCUUCUGUACAGUAAAACACUGUCUCUGUACUCAUGUGUUUGAGUGUUUAAAGCAGAAAUGUGCAGUUGAUCAGGAACACAAUCCACUGAUCAGUAAAAUAUG